AUGAGCACCCGCGCCGUGCCCGGGGACCUGCAGCUGCCCCCGAGUCAGAGGGCCCGGUCCGUGUUCAGAGAGCAAAGAAGACAAAAACUCAAGGAGCACCUGUUAAAAAGAAACACUUUUUUUGCACACAAACAGGAAAAUCAGAUAUUAUCCAGUGGUAGAGACCAGAGAGUGAAGACAUCUGAAAGCCAGAUCCAAGAAGAGACAAAAGCUCUGAAACUUAAGACAAAGAGGGCUGAUAAAGAGAAUGUCGGUAGACCUACUGGGAUCAAAAAUAAUAUAACAAUGGAAAAAAACUGUAUUCCUUUAAAACCUUCUAAUGAAUUAACCAAUUCAACUAUAACAAUUGAUCCACUUAAUUUUGAGGAUAAUAAUGAAACUCUGCCAUUGUUACCGAUUAAAGAUGACCCCCAAAGUCAACAUAUGACAUUACGCCAAGCAUUUCACCUUAAAAACAAUAGUAAAAAGAAACAAAUGACUACAGAAAAACCAAAGCAAGAUGCUAACAUGCCCAAGAAACCUGUGCUUGGAUCUUAUCGUGGCCAAAUUGUUCAGUCUAAGAUUAAUUCCUUUAGAAAACCUCUACAAGUCAAAGAUGAGAGUUCUGCAACAACAAAGAAACUUUCAGCUACUGUCUCUAAAGCCACAAAGCCUAAGCCUGUAGGUGCCAGUAGUGUAACAGUGAAAAGUGAUAGAGCGUCACAUAUGACAACAGCCACUAAAUUUGUGGGCACUACAUCUCAGAGCAGUCAACUUGUGCGACCUCCUAUUAGAAGUCAGCAGAGUAACACCCAGGACGCCAUGAAACAAGGCAUCAGUAGGGCGUCUGCCAAUGUUACAGUUCGGAAGGGGCCUCGAGAUAAAGAACUAUUACAAUUAGAUACAGUCUCAUCUAGUGUCAAAACCAGUUCUUCUCAGGACAUAAAAAGAAAUAAGACACUAUCAAGAAGCAUGACAUCUGAAAUGGUAGCCAGGCCUGCUUCGUCUUCUAAUACUAAACUGAUAGAAAAGUCCAAAAGCAUUGACCUGCGCAGACAUACCAUGGUGAAAGCAGCUGUUGACAGUAGAUGGACUCAGCCCAAGGAAACUGCGGAGGAGAGAAAAGCUCGUCUGAAUGAGUGGAAAGCUGGCAAAGGAAGAGCACUGAAAAGGCCUCCGAGCGCAGUGGUCACCCAGCCUGAGCCCCAAGCACAAAAUGAAAAACCAGUUGGGUCCUUCUGGACUACCAUGGCAGAAGAAGACGAACAACGAUUGUUUACUGAAAAAGUAAACAAGACAGUUUCUGAAUGCCUAAACCUGAUUGAUGAGGGAUGUCCAAAAGAAGAAGCAUUGGUUACACUGAAUGACCUGAUUAAAAAUAUUCCAGAUGCCAAAAAACUUGUUAAAUAUUGGAUAUGCCUUGCACGUAUUGAACCAGUCACAAGUCCUAUUGAAAAUAUUAUUGCAACCUAUGAGAAGGCCAUUCUGGCAGGAGCUCAGCCUAUUGAAGAGAUGCGACAUGCGAUUGUUGACAUUCUGACAGUAAAGAGCCAAGAAAAAGUUAAAGUUGGAGAAAAUAUUGAGGAGGCAUGUGCAACCAAGGAACAAAUCCAAGAAGCCAACAUUGAUGAAAUAGGUGUUAAUCUAGGGUCAGAAAAACCAGAAAUGGAAAAUAAGCAUCCUAGAAAUGUGGUAUUUCAAAAUUGUGAAAAAGAGCAAGAUGGCAAAACAGAAGAUCCACCCGGUGAUGUUAAAACCCUCAAUACAGAAACUAGGGCAGGUUGCUUAAUUAAAUAUAAUGUAUCUACUACUCCAUAAUUGCAAAGUGUAAAAAAGAAGAUGCAAUUUGACGAAACAAAUUCUGCAUUUAAAGAGCUAAAGUUUCUAACACCAGUUAGACGUUCUCGACAUCUUCAAGAGAAGACUUCUAAGUUGCCAGAUAUGUUAAAAGACCAUUAUCCUUGUAUGUCUUCAUUGGAACAGUUAACAGAGUUGGGAAGUGAAACUGACGCCUUUGUGUGCCACCCCAAUGCAGCCCUGUGCCGCAUGUUCUUGGAGACUGACACGACAGAAGAGAAGUGA